AUGAAAGUUUAUUAUGGUUUAGGUCAGACCAAUUCAAUUCAAAGUAGUGAGCCUAAUUCAAUUCAAAGUAGUGAGCGUGAUUCAAUACAAAGCAGUGAAUCUGAUGAGAUUGAUUCGAAACAAAGCAGCGAAUCUGAUGAGAUUAAUGUAGAACAAAGAAAUACCAAUUGCGAAUCAAAUCCUGAAGAAAAUAGGCAAGCUAUAUCUGAAUUCUUCCAAAAUCCGUCAGAUAGAAACUUAGCUGAAAAUUCUUUAAUGACAAAUAAUGAGCCAACUUUAGAUACAGGAAGAUUGCCUGAGAACUCGUUGGGACUAAAUAGUGGACAAAUGUUUGACUCUUUUCAAGCUAAUGGAAAUGUUUUAGCAACAAAUAAAGAAUCAACGUUCGUCUUACCCCAAGAAACUCAUGAAAUUCCGUCAAAAGAAAAUUCCGAGUAUAUUUUAACAAUAAAUGAUGUGCCAAUGUCAUGGUCAGACAAAGUUUUUGUAGAGAAUUCACCAGUAACUAAUGAUCAAACGUCUCCAGAUACUCGAUUACCUAGAAGCACUAAUAUAGGACGUCGACAACAUCGUUCACCAAGUCGUGAAAACAUGCAAAAUAGACAAGAUGCCCGAAAUCAUGAACACGGUGUUGGUUUAAGAAGUGAAUAUAGAAGUGGUUCUCUUUCAAAUAUUUCUCACUCUCUAAGUUCAAAUUAUAUGGUUUCAGAUGUAGAGGAACAAAAUUUGAUCACAUCACAAUUAUCUAUUAAUUCAAUUGAUUCAAGAUCAAUAUCUUCAGUAGAUCCACCAAUAAUUAUGGUGUCUUCUGAGCCAAAUGAACUUUAUUAUCCUUUGGAUACAUUUCCAAUAAAUCCAACUAUUUAUAAUACAUCAAAUAAUUCGUCUUAUACUUCAUCAGAUUUGAUGGAUACGAAUCAAUUAUCAUCUCUUACCAAUUCAGCUAUGGGUCCCAGAACUACCAUGGAUCUCCAAACCACGACAUCCUUUAAUUCAGAACAUAUCAAAAUUGAUUCGAAUAUACUUCAACUAAAUGAUAAUCCUAAUAAUUCGAGUAUGAAUCCCAAACGCCGUCUUACUAAAUAUACUGCGGCUUGUACUCCCUGCAAAUCAAGAAAGAUUAAAUGCGAUGGUAAAAGUCCCUGUGCGAAAUGUAUCGAACAUAACCGUGUAAAUAAAUGUGUAUUUGUUAAACAACUUAAGAGAGGUCCUAAAAAAAAAUCUAGCACAAUAUCAAAGACAGAAUAUCAACAAUGGGGUGAAAAAUUAUGGCGACGUCUAUGCAAUAGGCAAGAAGUACAAAAAUUAUUCAAAGUCUGCUAG